AUGGAGGCUGUGUACGGUGCGGCGGACACGGCGGCAAAUUCCAGUGCGGACUCGGGGACCACGUGGUGGAGGGGACGCACGGUAGUACCUUCGGAGGAUUACGUCUCUGGAGAUGAUGGACUGAGGUACUAUGAUAUUGUUGAAGGCAAGGGCCCAACUGCUGAAAAGGGCUCCACUGUGACGGUUCAUUUUGACUGCAUAUACUGUGGCAUCACUGCAGUGUCGAGCUGUGAAUCCAAGCUCCUAGCAGGGAACCGAAGUAUCGCACAGCGUUAUGAGUUCGCUGUCGGGUCACUGCCUGGUAAAGAACGAAAGCGGGACUUUGCAGACAAUGUCAAUGGACUAUACUCAGCACAACAAGCCGCACCAAAGCCUCCGGCUGCCAUGUACACGAUAACUGAAGGGAUGAAAGUAGGGGGAAAGAGACUCAUUGUACCUCCGGAGCUUGGAUAUGGGAAAAGGGGGAUGAGUGAGAUACCUAGUAAUUCGUUUAGACUAAGGAGUGCCAACAAGGUGCUGGGCGGUGGGUUUGGACUGCGGACUCCUCUGUGCCCGAUGGAGCAGCAGCAUGGGGGCGAGCAGUGCAGUGGAGAAGAAGAUGGUUUCUAUGGGGAUUGA